CAAUCAUAAUCCUGCCAUCGAAGCACCACAAAAAUAUCCAAUGAAGUAAUUGGCCGGAGCAUAUCAGUAAUUCAGUUAAUGAAACAAGGGAGAAUGAAGCAGUUGGUGACAGGAUAUAAAGCAAAAUGCUAUAUUUUAUAUAAUUUUAUAGAUUAUUCUCGUAAAAAAAUAUCAUUUUAGCGAAUCCGUUUCCGUGCAACAUAGACAGAGAGAAUGUAUUCACCUUGCGCCAGAGAGGUCUCAGAAGUCUGUUUUCAUGGUUGCUGCACAACUCCUUUUCAUGAACCUCAAUCUACACCAUCCCGAACCAGCGCUGCUGAGUCGCGGUACGACUUUGAAUUAGCUACGGUUUCUUCUAUACACCCGAAUUCACAGUUCACUAAUCAUGAAUCUCUCCCUUCAUUAGAAGAAUCUUUUUUCAAUUUCACCAAAGCAUUUUCACAGUACCCUCUCACUGAUCAAGCUGACAAAAUCAGACAACAUGAAUAUCACCAUCUCUGUUCAUCCGAUUCUGUUUCUCUUGACUAUAUUGGCCAUGGCCUCUUCUCUUACUCUCAGCAAGAGACUCGCAAUCCGUCUUCUUUGGUUGCAUCAACCUCUGCUUCUCCUCCUCCUCCUCCGCCUUCGGAAGCUCCUUUUUUCGACAUCUCAUGUUCCUCAGCGAGAUUAACCUCUCAAUUACAGUAUGGCGGACCUGAAUCUGACCUGGAAAACCAAACCCGGAAAAGAAUCAUGGCGUUUAUGAAUAUCUCCGAAGACGAUUACACUCUAGUUUUUACUGCUAACCAAUCAUCAGCAUUCAAACUUGUUGCAGACUCAUACCCUUUUCAAUCCCAUAGAAAUCUUCUUACAGUUUACGACUACGAAAGCGAAGCAGUGAAUCUGAUGAUAGAAAGCUCCAAAAGAAGAGGGUCACGAGUCAUGUCAGCUGAAUUCUUAUGGCCAUCUCUAAGAAUUCAUCAAACAAAACUACAGAAGAAAAUUCUAAGUAAGAAGAAGACAAAGAGAAGAAAAAGAAGAGGAUUAUUUGUGUUUCCACUUCAAUCAAGAAUUACAGGAAACAAAUAUGCAUAUCUAUGGAUGAGCAUGGCUAAAGAAAAUGGGUGGCAUGUAUUGCUUGAUGCAUCUGCAUUAGGUUCUAAGGAUAUGGAAACCCUAGGAUUGUCCAUUUUCAAGCCAGAUUUUCUCAUCUGUUCAUUUUUCAAGGUUUUUGGAGACAACCCAUCAGGAUUCGGCUGUCUGUUCGUGAAAAAGUCAACUUGUUCAAUUCUAACAGAUUCAGACAGCAUAGGUAUAGUUAGAAUUGUCCCUGCCAUGACACCAACUCAGCUUUCUCAUAAUUCCUCAACCAAAAGCUCAGACUCGAACGAAGUUAAACAGAGCAACUUUAAACAGAAAUCCCCACAAAUUGAGGAGUUCAACACAGCCAAAAACACAGAAUUCCAGUUCAAAUUCAAAGGGUUAGACCAUGCAGAUUCAUUAGGGUUGAUACUAAUCAGUAACAGAGCGAGGUACUUGAUAAACUGGUUGGUGAACGCAUUGAUGAGCCUUCAACAUCCACAUGGGCAGCCAGCCAUUAAAAUAUACGGGCCAAAGAUAAAAUUCAAUAGAGGACCAGCAGUGGCAUUCAAUGUAUUCGAUUGGAAAGGAGAAAAAAUAAGCCCUGUACUGGUUCAAAAACUUGCUGACAGGAACAAUAUUUCUCUAAGCUGUGGAGUUUUGCUGCAUAUAUUGAUUCCUGACCGGUAUGAAGAAUUGAAGGAGGAGAAAUUUGAGGGUUUAAAUGGGAAAAAGAGAGAGAUUAAGAGACAAGAAUGUGGAAUUUCUGUAGUGACAGGUUCGUUGGGAUUGUUGACAAAUUUUGAGGAUGUUUAUAAGGUUUGGGUAUUUGUUUCAAGAUUUUUGGAUGCUGAUUUUGUGGAAAAAGAGAGAUGGAGAUAUACAGCUUUGAAUCAGAAGACUAUUGAGGUUUAGUUUAUAAUCAGAAUUUUUGUAUUCUUUCAGAUUAUUAAAGAUUUAUUGCAUUA